AUGUCGAAGGAACAGGACCACCGCUCCGAUGCGGGCAGGUCUCGUUCACCGUCUUCCUUGGACUCCGGCUCUGAACAUCACCAAGGUGUUGCAGGAUCUAUGGCGUCUCGACAAAGAUCCUCAUCCGUCACCGCCACUGCGCCUCACCUUGAUCGUGUGCACUCUGCAAAGCACUUAGACGACAACUCCACAUAUCACAGUGACCACAACAUUGACAGCGAUGAAGGUGGUGACUCUGGAGAAUCCUACACGGAAAAGACUGAGACCGUCCAAGAAAUCCGAAACGGCAUCGUCAACGAGCGAGACGUUGAUCUAGAGCGAAAUCAAAUGGAACUCAAAAAGUCCAAAUCUGCACGCUCAGCUCGCUCAGCUCGCUCACGACUGGACUCCAAAUUAGUCGACUGGGAUGGCCCUGACGACCCAGAAAACCCCAAGAACUGGCCCAACAAGAAGAAGUGGGCAGCAACAGUCACCGUCUCCCUAUUCACUUUUAUCUCACCUGUCUCCUCCUCAAUGGUCGCCCCCGCCCUCACCUCAAUCGCAGCAGACCUCAACAUAACAGACAAAGUCCUCUCCCAACUCACCCUCUCAAUCUUCGUCCUCGCCUACGCCGUCGGCCCUCUAAUCCUAGGACCUCUUUCCGAGAUCUAUGGCCGCGUAAUCGUCCUCCAACUAGCUAACCUCUUCUUCCUCGUCUUCAACAUUGGCUGUGGCGUUUCCCAAACAUCAACCCAAAUGAUCGUCUGCCGCUUCUUCGCUGGCCUGGGCGGUUCCGCACCCCUAGCCGUAGGAGGUGGCGUCUUAUCAGACUGCUUCCGUCCCGAAGAACGAGGCAAAUCAAUCGCAAUCUACUCUCUCGCCCCGCUCCUAGGCCCAGCACUAGGUCCCAUCGCAGGCGGCUUCAUCGCUGAAAACACCACCUGGCGCUGGGUCUUUUACGCCACCUCAAUCACAGACGGCCUCAUCCAACUCAUGGGCCUAUUCUUCCUCCGCGAAACAUACGCCCCCCGACUCCUGAAAAACCGUGCUGUGCGACUCCGCAAAGAAACUGGAGACGAAUCCUACCAAACCGAAGCAGAACUGCAAAAGAAAACCCUCAUCCAAGUCCUCCGCACUGCCCUAGUCCGACCAUUCCGCCUCCUCCUCACCCAACCUAUUGUCCAGUGUCUCGCAUGCUACAUGGCUUACCUCUACGGAAUCAUGUACCUCGUCCUAUCAACCUUUCCAACCCUCUGGACCUCACCAGAAUACUACAAUGAAUCCAUCGGCAUAGGCGGACUGAACUACAUCUCCCUUGGUCUCGGUUUCUGGGCCGGUUCCCAAAUUUGUGCCCCGCUCAACGACAGAAUCUAUCGCGGCCUUAAAGCCCGAAAUGAUAACGUCGGCAGGCCUGAAUUCAGAGUCCCACUCCUCAUAGUUGGCGCGGUCCUCAUUCCUACGGGAUUGUUCAUCUACGGCUGGACUGCGCAGGAACAUUGUCAUUGGAUAGCUCCUAAUAUCGGUGCGUUCCUCCUCGGAAUGGGAACUAUUGUUUCGUUUCAGUGCAUGCAGACGUAUAUGGUUGAUACGUAUACGAGGUUCGCGGCGAGUGCGUUGGCUGCGGGUUCGUUUUUGAGAUCGGUGGCGGGAUUCGGGUUUCCGCUAUUUGCGCCGUACAUGUAUGACAAGUUGCAUUAUGGGUGGGGCAAUAGUGUGCUUGCGUUUAUUGCGCUGGGCUUUGGCAUUCCGGCGCCGAUUUUCUUGUGGAAGUAUGGGGAGGCUUUGAGGAAGAAGAGUACCUAUGCCGCUGGAUAA